AUGGCUCUUAAUUUCUUAAGAAGUUCAGAAUUUGCUGAUUUAAUUAGAGAUAUUAUUAAGAAGGAAAAUGAAAAACUAUAUGAAAAAAUAUCCCAACUGGAAAAUGAAAUAAAAACACUAAAAGAAUGUAAUGGAAAUGUUGUUCCCCAAAGAAUUAAUGCUAGUUCUUCUAAAAUUAUUAAUAAUACGUAUGCUAAGGCUGCUGGAGACUGUGUUAUAAUAAAACCAAAGGGUGCUCAAAAUUGUGAUGUAACACGUGAAGAAGUUCGAAAAAAUGUUUUACCAGCUGAAUUAAAAAUUGGUAUACAAAGUAUAAAAGAUAUUAAAAAUGGUGGUGUUGCUAUUCACUGCAAUAAAAAAUCAGAUGCUAAUAAAAUCAAAUCAGCUGCUGAAGAAUGUUUAAAAGAUUACGAAAUAAAACUUCCCAAACUACAUAAUCCAACAAUAAAAAUAAUAGAUAUAGAGGAUAAAUUUGAGGAUACAGAGCUAAUAGAAUACUUAAGGAAACAAAAUAAAAUUUUAGAGAAUUCGAACCUAAAAAUUGUUGUUAAUAAAAAAAUGAAAACAAAAUAUAUGGCUAUCAUUGAAUGUGAUAACGAAAGUUAUAAGAAGAUCAUGGAAGACAAAGUAUUAUAUGUGAAUUGGGCAAGCUGUAGAGUAUUUGAAUAUGUUAAAGUAUUUAGAUGCUUUAAAUGUGGGGGAUUUAAUCAUCAUGGUGAAAAGUGUACUGCGGAAAAAAGAUAUCUAAAGUGUACUUCGGUGGAUCAUGAAACAAAAGAUUGUGAUAAUAAUUCGAUGCUUCAUUAUCAUCAGGCGGUAGUCCAGUUGAGUCCGGUAGCAGAGAAGAUGAAACCGUUAAAUUCCAAAAAGAGGUUGUGCAAGAAGAACCUGGACCAUCACAAAAAAGAAAAUAUACGUAUGGAGAACGUAUUAUUACUCCAAAAAUAA